AUGAAACAAUAUAAUAACACGGCUAGACUGCCGUCAACCGCUGCGUACUCAACAAGGAUGAUCAUCUUGGCAUUGAUGUUGCCGGCUUUGAGUGCUGCACUACCAUUACCUGUAAGUUACUUCCUAGCCGAACGUGAUGGUAAAGCGUCUGUACUGAAAAAGAUAUCUGUACCAUUGACACGUGGCGAGUAUUGGACAUACAUGAUUAGUUCGAUUUUGCUCGUUUUACUUGGUGGUGUUUUUUCCGGACUUACCCUUGGUUUGAUGGGUCAAGAUGAGGUUCAUUUGAGAGUGUUAGCUCAGAGUGGUUCAGCAAGUGAACGUCGGGCUUCAAAGACUGUGCUGAAUUUGCUUGCAAGGGGUAAGCAUUGGCUAUUAGUGACACUAUUGCUUUCAAAUGUCGUCACAAACGAAACAUUACCAGUCAUUUUGGAUAGAUUUCUCGGUGGAGGUGCAGCAGCAGUUUUUGGAUCCACAAUUUUGAUUGUUAUUUUUGGUGAAAUAAUUCCACAGUCUAUAUGUGUUAGAUACGGUCUUCAAAUUGGUGCAUUUUUCUCCAACUUUGUGCUUGUACUUAUGUAUAUCAUGUACCCGGUUGCCUAUCCGAUUGCCAAACUUUUGGAUUGGUCUUUAGGUCAGGAUCAUGGUACACUUUAUGGUAAAAGUGGAUUGAAAACUUUGGUGAAUCUACACCACACUAUGGGUGUAGAGAGGUUGAGCCAAGAUGAAGUUACAAUUAUCAAUGCGGUUUUAGAUUUAAAAGACAAAGCCGUGGGUGAGGUUAUGACUCCUAUGGAUAAAGUUUUUUCUUUGCCGUCCGAUACCAUUUUAGAUGAGGCAACUGUCGAACGUAUUUUCAAUGCCGGAUUUUCCAGAAUUCCUGUUCAUCUGCCGGAUGAACCCGCAAAUUUUGUUGGCAUGCUUCUGGUAAGAAUUUUGAUUAGUUAUGAUCCAGAGGAUGCUCUUCCCAUUUCCGCUUUUCCGUUGGCUACGCUUCCAGAGACCGGGUAUUACACAUCAUGCUUAAAUAUAUUGAAUUACUUUCAGGAAGGGAAAUCACACAUGGUUGUAGUGAGUGAUACUCCAGGGUUGGAUACCGGCGCACGAGGUGUUGUGACUCUUGAAGAUGUGAUCGAGGAAUUGAUUGGUGAGGAGAUUGUUGAUGAGAGUGAUGUUUAUGUUGACGUGGAUAGAAAUAUCAAAAGAUCAAUUCCAGGCCCAUUGGCAAAGAGAAACGUGGUUCAUUAUCUUCACGAUCUUUAUAACUCUGGCCAUGAUCAUGAAAAUAAUAACUUAGACGAAUGCGAUAAUGAUAUUGUUGUUCAACGUGGUAUCUCGGAAGGGCAAGGUAAAGCUUCCGUCUCGUAUUCCUCUGCUGAAAACUCUAGAGAAAAUUCUCCCGAAGCCUCUAAUUAUAUUCUCAAAAAAAACUUCAAUGCAGACAGGAAGAAAGAAAAGAAAAAGGCCUCGAAUAAAUCGGAACUGGAACCAUUGGUUAGACACAAAGUUAACGAAGUUCCACAACCUCAACUGCAAUCAUUGGGAACAGUUAUCACGAAAGGUAUCAAGCCUUCGAACUUGGCUGCAAAUCCGUUGCAUACUAACAACGAGCAUAUAAAGAUUAAGAAACAACCAAAACUGAGUGUUCCCGCAGAUACGUUAGUAAAGCUGUCUAAGAGCAAAGGGAACAUGCCUUUAAAGGACAAAUAUUUACGGGGAUUGAGGUCUGUGUCAUCACAAAAGCUUUCAAAUGAGGAUAGAAGUAGCAGCAGUUUGGCUGUGGAUCAGUUAGCCUCUAAAGAUGGGGUAAAUGUCUUGAAAAAGAAGCAGUCACGAAAUCGGGCUGUUUACGACAGUGAAGUAAGCGCAUUUGUACAGGGCGUCAGUGAAAAUGUGAAAAGAAGCAAUGAUAGACAGAAUGGCACCGGUACAGUUAAGGCAAAAAGAAUCGGUAAGGCAGUUUGUCCAAGAGAAGGUGACACCCAUGAGAUUCAGAGAGAGAGAGGUAGUAUUGCUUCAUCUGACAGCUCCGAUGGCAUCAUUGAAAGUAAUAUCGUGGCGGAUAGUGGGUUUACCAGAACCGUCAUCGAGGAAACGGCCGUGUCAGAUGAUGAGGAUAGUACUAGUACGAAAGAGAAUCACUCAUCAGGAAAGAGAAGAAAGAGCAGCAUGUGGAAAUUUGCUGGGAAGAACCAUAAGUCUGGUAACGAAUAA